AAUACGUUAAUAGCGGGUAUUACGAGGAUUAGUUUCGGCCUAAGUAAAGAAAUCGUUGCCCUAAGUAUAGUAGAAAUAAAGACAUACUUCGGAACGAUAACUUUCUAUAUUUUACCCAUUAAUACCCCAUUUCUCUUAUAUUUAAAAGAUAUAAAUCGACUAGGUAUUAUAUUCGAUAAUACGAAGAAUAGAAUCUCUAGCGGUAAGCACUUCGAGAUAGUUAAAUAA